AUGUUAGAGCUAUGCAGUGCUCUCAGGUAUGUAGACCCCCCAAAUGUAGACCCUCUUGCAGCUACUGAAACCAGUAGCGUUAUUUCCCAGGAUCAUCUGACAGGAAAAGAUGAAUCAGUUGAAGAAUGGACAUUUUACCCAAGCUCUGGUAAUCACACUUACCAUACAGGGAAAAGAUGUUUGUUUUAUGGUAGCCACCUCCGAACUAAAGCUACAUCUUCUGAGAGGACACUGGAAAAGUCUAUAGGGAGGAAGAAAAAUGUAAAUGAAACUUCCUCCCGAAAUGGCAUUCCGAUGAGGAUGCUGGGUGACCACCCAUUUGCUGCUCCUGAACAAAGUACAGACUUCCACAAAAAGGGAUCAACAGUAUCUCCAGUUAAUUUUGGGAGGCAAGUUCUUAUCUGA